CCAUUUCGUCUCAAGCUGGUGUACCCGUUCCAGUUGUCCUGUUUCCGAGCCUCUGUGCGCUCCCAGGCACCCGGUGCAGACCAGAUGGUCAAGAAGGGUGCCAACAAGAAGCCCCCUGACGUGCAGUCCCCUGCCUCCACGGCAGUUCCUUCGCCGGCAUCUUCGGACAGUUGGCUGGACACUCUCAACUCCGAGGACCGACGGCUCGCCAUCUCCAUGGGCGCCAGGUCCCAGAAGGAGCUCGAGGACAAGAAGGCGAAGAUGGAGGCUGACGCGAAGAAGGCGAGCGAGCAGCAGUGGCAACAGAUCAAGCAGAACGAGAGGAAUAAGCAGUGGGAGAAGGACAUGCAGAAGCAGGCGAAACAGAAAGCUGCAGACGAAAAUAAGUGGACAAAGCAGGCCGAGAAGGUGCUGCAGCGAGGGCUAAAGGAGGGCAUCGUGGAGGCCGAGGACUGGGGCGAUGGCAAGUGGUGGUGCCCGAUCACAGACGGCGAGAAGUCCGUGAUGUACAAGGAGGUCAACGAGGUGUACUACUGCACGCUGUGCGAUGCACACCUCAACGACAACAGCCUGGAGCUCCACCUGAACGGCAAGAACCACCAGAAGAAGCUGUCGUGGAGCCAGAGCGACGCCGCCGGCGCCUCGCAGCCAGCGCUCGCCGCGGCCCCGCCGGCGGCGCCCGGGCCUGCCCCGCCGCGCGGCGGCGCCGCGCCGGCCGCCGCCGAGAAGUACCCGCCGCCGGAGCUGCCCUACCAGGCGUGGGUGGACGGCCCGCCAGACACGGCGCCGCCGGGCGAGAGGUGGCUGAAGUGCCUGCUCUGCAACAAGUUUGUCGGGGACGACUGGUCGCACGUCGGGACGUCCGCGGCGCCGGAGGGCUCGAAGGAUCACCAGAAGAAUUUGCGGAACUACGAGUGGCACGAGGAGCGAGUGCGGGAGGAGCGGCUCAAGUACCACCCAGAGGCAAAGUGCCGCCCCGCAGCGUCGGCCGCGGCGGCGCCCCGGCAGCCAGCAGCGGCCCCGCCGCCGCCGCCGCCGCCCGGCCCGCCGCCAGCCGCCCCUGGGGCGCGGGCGCCCCCAACACCCGCCCCGUGGGCGGCCCCCCGCCACUUCGAGGACGAGGUGGAGGUGUGA